UUAACGGGGGCAUCAAAACCUACCGGCCGAGGGGAGAGAUCUAGUUUCACUUUCGUACCGCGCGCCCGUAGUGGUGGUGCAAAAUGUCCAGCACGACGGCACCGGUAACGGUGAAGCAGGAGCGGCACGAUGAUGCCGAAAUCAACGAGAUGGCAGCCAAAAUCAUCGAGGUGCACAAGCAGCAGUCGGCGAAGGCGGCCGCCACCAUCCAGCAGCAGCAGGCAGUGCGGCCUGGUGGCGCAGUGGCCGGUUCCGGCCAGCUGGUGCCGGCCGUCACCGGCAAUGGAAUGUCCUCCGGUGGUCAGGCCAACAUACUGAACUAUCUUACCCGGAAACCGGCAAACACGGCCGCCACCCCUGCCACCAACAGUUCCACGGCGGCCACGUCGUCGUUAAUAGCGAAUCCGGGGGCCACCGGCGGCGCAGGGAUGUUACUCCCCACCGGCAUCGGGGUGCCGCUUGGGCAAGGGAGCGGCACGAGCACCGCUGGGCGAACGGCGAAUGGAAACGCGAAAGCGGCGGACGGAGGGGCAUCCUCGUCGGAGCAGAAUGGCGAGCGAAAGCUGGGCGACGAGGCCACCUUGAAGGGUCACUUCGGGUGGGAAACGUUUCCGGGGAAGGUGUACAUUCCGUACAUCUUUCGUCAGGAGGAGCGCUACUGUGCGGUGCGCAUGGUGGAAAUGAAGCUGCUGAACAAGUAUCUCAACUACCUGCACCAGGACAUCUACACGUGCACCUGCGUCCGGUCGUACUACAUCACCGAGGCGGAGAGCAAACUGUUCAACGAGAUCAACACCAAACACUGCGAUCUGCAGUUUGGGCGCGAAAUGUUCACCCUCAAGGACCUGGUCGUCCGGUUGACCGAUGCGCACAAGUUCUACCGCUUCCUGGACGUGUGCUACCAGAAGCUUCUGAUGGGCUGCAGUACGCCGAACGACAAGUGUGGCUUCAUCCGCAUCAACAAGGAGUCGGUGGUGCCGUACACGGUGCGCGACAACCAGAAGAUGGUGCCACUGUUCUACUUCGAGGGCGAAACCGACAAUCUGAAGCUGAAGGCGGACAAUCUGUCCGGCUGGGAUCUGUCGUAUCUGAAGUUCUGCUGCAAGGUGCAGGGCAUCCGGAACGAGCUGUUCGCCAGCGACUCGGUGGCGGUCAUCAGUUUGACCGACAUUAAGGGCUACUUUCCGCCCGGCACCGAGUUCGAGGACUACUGGCCGAGCAAGGUCGUGGACUCGCAGCUUCUGUCCGGCCCGAAGGGGAACAACACGGUGCACUGGACGCGGCAACCGGCACAGCCGCCACCGAAGGUGCCCGCCAUCAUCAGCACCACGCAGGGGCGCAAAGCCACGAACAACAACAUUUACCAGACUCUCCAGACGCAACAAAAUCUCGCCAAAAGCAACAACCAAAUGAACAAUAUUACGGCAGCGGUACAGGCGCUGACCAACAACUGGAACAUCGGCAAUCACGCCAAUGUUCUGACCCCACAGCACGAACAGUUACUAAGGCUAAGCCAGGCUCAACAGUAACCGUCUUUGUUUUAGGCUGCCCAGGCGCAGGCACAGAUACGCAGCAUGCAGAUGCAGCAGUACAAUUCCUAUAUCAACAACGCCAUGUCCAUGACGUCACGCGCGUCCCAAAAUCAAGCCGUACCCCCGCCGCUGGUGCGCUCGCAAGCCGCCCACCUGUCGAAUGGUGGUGUUGGUGCAACCGGAGCCGCAUCCCUGCGCUCGAGCAACGGCAGCAAUCCCUUAUCGUACCUAAAUCCCGCCCUCUCCAUAUUUGCUACCUCCAGCAGUCCCAAUGGCACCGUUAAUCUGUCCCGUCUCAACCGGCAGCAGAUUAGCGAGCUGGCGGUUUCGGGCGGAAAUCGUGAGCCUACGAAUCACACACCCUUGCCGGCGCCGGUAGGGCUCGCGAGCAGCGGUGGCAGCGGCAGUAGCACCGGCAGCAGCAGCAAUAACCUUGGCGGAUUGUCACUGGGCAGGAACGUUACCAUAACGCCAAGCAGUAGCACUCCCGGGCUCGGUGUUGGAGCGGUUGGAAACGGUAGCGUGAAGAGUGGCACCUACUAUGGCACUGGAACCGGUAACACCAGUAUUGGGGGAGCAGUGCCGAUCGCCUACCCGAAGAACUAUCCCCCGGUUUCGAUAACGGCCGUUCCGGUCGGUUCUCCAACGCGUGCCUCACCGAAAAGUGUUCAGGCGCGGCAGCCACCGCCCGCUCUCAUACCCGUGGCAGGUGGAGAGAUGCCGAACGGAGGAGGACCGGGAGGAGGAAACCCUUUCGCGCCCAGUGCGGUCGAUCUGGUGGCACUGCUUCAGACGCUGGGAUCGCAAGACAUUGAGAUUAUCCAGGAACUUCUCCCUUACGCCGCCGGUGGCCGUGGCAGCGUUGGCGGUGCCAUUGAGACGGCUCGCGAGAGAAACAGGAGCAACAGCAACAACAGCAACAUCCGCGGUACCCUACCUUCCUAUCGGGAAAGCACAAACACCACCACUGGUUGUGGUUCUUCUGUCACGGGUUCCAGCGUAAUUGUGAAUGACAGUAGUAGACACGGUAGUAGAGUUGACGAGUUUGCUAGAAGCCAGAGUGUCAUCAAGAGUGCCGCGAGCGCCAGGAGUGUCGGCAAUAGUUCUGUCGGCGGUGGAGGAAAUUACCUCCGUGGGCUAGUUUCCACCGGAAUGCUGGAUGUAAUUGAUCUAUCUUCUACCCCAAGGUCCAGCAUGGCAGGGGCAGCACUCAGCCAGCAGCAAUCGGUGCAGCAGCAACAGCAGCAACAGCAAGCUCAACAACAAUCGCAGGCAUCGAUGGCCGGUGCUAAACGUUCCGGUUCGAGCCUUUCGGGAAGCAGUCGGUCCAGCUCUAUUAUCAGUUCCUCAAGUGGCGGUGGCGGAGUCCCGGGCGGAGGCUCUAUCGUCGGGAGCGUCGCCAACAGCUAUCGUGCAUCGGGUGCCGCCGUUCUGCAGCAGCUGCAGCAGCAGCAGCAACAACAGCAGCAACAACAGCAACAGCAGCAAGCACAACAGCAGGCAGCAGCCACCGCGGCUGCAGUGGCCGCUGCGGCCGCUGCUGCUGCCGGUAGCAGUAUGCCCGAUGGUUCCACCCGCCACGGCAAUCUCAUCAUACUUUCCGAGCUCAACAUUGGCGUAACACCGUACAAGCCGUACGAAGUGGUGAAGAAACCGGUCGAAAACAAAAUCAUCUACUGCGUGAACAAGACGCCUUACCGGCACAACGAGUAUCUGAUGACGAUCUUCGACCUGAAGGACGUGUUCUUUCCCUACGUCAGCCUGGACUUGUGCCGCAGGGUUCUGACGGCGUUGGAAGUCACUCUUUUCAUCGGCAACAGCUUGCAAUACCAGGCGCUGCAGGAGGCAGGUCGUACGAAUGUGGAAAAAAUGGCGAUGGUGCAGGUAGCGGACAUUAUGACGUACAUGCCGCAGUUACAGUACAUGGUGCGCAACCACAUCCAGGAUACGCCGGCAAACAAGCGGGCACGCAUCAGCUAG